CUCGCGCAGUACGCCUUUUCGCGGGCAGCUCUCUUCUUCUUCUUCUUCUUUUUUUUCUUCUACUUCCCAACUUAUCCGAGGAGCUAAACUCUCGUGGAUUCUUUCAUUUAGUGGCGGCUCGGCAGGCUUGGUUUCCCUUCUCCUUCUCCUCCUCCUCCUUUCCUCUCCUCCUCCACUUUGAACUUCGGCUCCUCUCUUCGCCCUCCUUGUCGGUGACCAUGGCCGUGCCGGCUGCUCUGAUCCCGCUCUCUCCUCUGGUCGCGCUGCCUCCGAUCUCGACUCCCUCCCUGACGACCUCCUCCUCCUCCUCUUCCUCCCCGCCGACCACCAUCGCCGCCGCCGCCGCCCCGUCGCCGUGCCCGUCCCUGGCCCCGCAGCAGAACCUGUUCCGGUCGGAGCUGCUCGCCGCCGGCGGCAGCCCGGGCUGCAUCCCCAACGCGGCGCUGCCGCCCGGCAAGCCCGUGUACUCGACCCCGUCGCCCGUGGAGAACAUCCCGCAGAACAACGAGUGCACGAUGGUCGAGUUGCGCAGCGCCAAAGUGGCGUCGUUCACCGUGGACGACCAGGAGCUCAUCUGCCUGCCGCAGGCGUUCGACCUGUUCCUGAAGCACCUGGUCGGCGGGCUGCACACGGUGUACACUAAGCUGAAGCGGCUGGAGAUCACGCCGGUGGUGUGCAACGUGGAGCAGGUCCGCAUCCUGCGCGGGCUCGGCGCCAUCCAGCCCGGCGUGAACCGCUGCAAGCUCAUCUCCAGGAAGGACUUCGAGACGCUGUACAACGACUGCACCAACGCGAGCUCCAGACCGGGCCGACCUCCGAAGAGGAGUCAGAGUCUGACGUCUCCGGAGAGCAAUCCUCACAUCAUGCCCCACUCGGUGCCCGGCCUCAUGUCCCCCGGCAUGAUCCCCCCCACAGGGCAGGAUUUUCACAGAGGUUUUGCAGGUGCAGCGGCUCAGCCCCAGCAGACAUGUAGUGCGUGGUCUGUAAGUGCUCUGUCUCGUCUCUCCUGCCUCCUCUCCCCAGGCCUGACAGCGGCGGCGGCGGCAGCUGCCAACGCAGCCAUCGCCGAGGCCAUGAAGGUCAAGAAGAUCAAACUAGAGGCAAUGGGUGGCUACCACGGCAACGCAAACCACCACGGGGUCGACGGGGAAAACGGAGACCUCGGCUCCGGCGUCGGCCUGGAGCUCCCGUUCAUGAUGAUGCCGCACCCGCUGAUCCCGGUCAACCUGCCCCCGGCCUCCGUCACCAUGGCGAUGAGCCAGAUGAACCACCUCAACACCAUCGCCAACAUGGCGGCGGCGGCGCAGCAGAGCCAGAGCCUGCCCUCCAGAAUGGUCACGUCCGUCAUAAAGCUGGGGUUUCAGGAACGGGUGCCGGACAGCCCCUCCCCCGCCCCCUCCCUGGAGGACCACCGGCGGCCGGGCAGCCACCCGUCGUCCCACCGCAGCAGCAGCGUGUCCAGCUCGCCGGCGCACACGGAGAGCCCCUCCGACCGGAUACGCACCUUCGUCACGCAGAUCAACGCGAUUCACCACAACGGCCUGUCCAUGAACCACGCCCUGCUCGGCCUGUCCCCCAACAUGCCGCCCGGGCCCAGGGAGGGAGACCUGGCCCACGACAUGAGCCACGAGAUGAAGAGGAUGCACGCCGACAAGGAGGACAACUUGAUGUGCACCCCGACAGCGAGAGACAGCUACGAGAGGUUGUCAUUGGCCGGCCAGGCCCUGCCCCCCGGCUUCCCCUCACCAUUCCUCUUCCCAGACGGCCUGUCGUCCAUAGAGACUCUGCUCACCAACAUACAGGGCCUGCUCAAAGUGGCCAUCGACAACGCGCGCGCCCAGGAGAAGCAGGUGCAGCUGGAGAAGACGGAGCUGAAGAUGGAGCUGUUCAGAGAGAGAGAGCUGAGGGAGACUCUGGAGAAGCAGCUGGUCAUGGAGCAGAAGAACAGAGCCAUCGUUCAGAAGCGCCUGAAGAAGGAGAAGAAGGCCAAGAGGAAACUCCACGAGGCGCUGGAGUACGAGUCCAAGAGGAGGGAGCAGGUGGAGCAGACCCUGAAGCAGCCGUCGCCCUCUGACAGCAUGCGCUCCCUCAACGGUCAGCCGCCGCCCCGCCGCAUGCAGUCACACGCUCACAGCCUGUAUCCCCCCAGGGAGGAGGAGUCACACCUGAGGGCAGACUCUCUGACCCCUGAGAUGGAGAGUGACCGCAGCAGUGGAAGAACAGAUGCUGAAAGGACAAUACAAGAUGGACGGAUGUUCCUGAAAACCACCGUGAUGUACUGAGACGGAGGAGCCGGAGGACACGCAACAAAACAAAAGAAGAAGAAAAGAAAAGCCCGCGGAGAUCCUCCAGAGAGCCUCGUUCAGGCUGAUUUAGAGGAGGAAGAGGAGGAAGAGGAGCUUGAUGGGACCGCUGCGUAGAGUAUUACGUCCUCCUCCUCUCUCCGGCGCUGAGGGGAGCCGCUUGGACGACAUUGAGCACAGUAAAAAAAAAAAUGUAAAAGUUUUUUUUUAAAGAAGCUGUACCCUGCUGGUCGGCUGCUGUAACAACACGCUCACUCAGCACUGACCUUGUUUUAUAGAGAUUCUGUAUCUCAGCCAGCCAGAAAGCUUCGAUAAAAGAAAUUCGACUGAAGUGGUUUUUUUGUAUUUUCAAAUUGAAUUUUAACGCCGCGUGAAGAUGAAGAUGAAGACGAGAGAGAGAGAGAGAAAAGAAAUGUGAAUCUAUCCACGUGUUGGUCGAAAAGAGGAGAGGACCGACGUUUGAUUUUCAUGUUUUCUAAAACUAGAUGACGAUACAAUCAAGUUUCCUUUUUACCAUCGUUGUACAUACGAGACGUGAUGAUGAUGAUGAGGGGGGGGGGGGCCUCUGUCGACCCCCGGGGGCCCGACGCGGCGUGUGUGUGUAUAUAGCGUUUAAGAGGUAUUGUGUAUGCAGUAGAGCUAUUAGGCAAAAACAAUACCAACAUUUAUAUCAACAUUUUGUUUCUCUUCUAUUCCUGAGCCAUCAUUCUUUCCUAUAGCGGCCAUUUUGGUGAGAAAGCAUGCAGGCAUGUCAAUGUUUGUCCUGGAAUUAUGAUAUUUAAUAAAUCCUAUAUUGAGCUGAACAGACACUCGAGAGCCCGUUUUGGAAACGUAAUUAUCAAACAAAAACAAGAACUUUUUGCUGUACAUCUUUGUAACAGAGGUGAUAUUUCUUGGAAUUUACUGUCUUUUUUUUGUUUUGUUUAUCUUCUCCUUUUUGUUUUUGUUUGUCAUGUGACUAGAAAUCAGCACCUCGAAGCUUUUUAAAACAACAACAAACAACAACAAAAUCAUUCGUGAGGCAAUUUUUGGAGAUGGAAUGCUGCAAAGACACUUUUCUUUCUCUCGUGUCCCGGUGAGAGAGAGGGGGGGGGGGGGAGAGAGAACAUUAUUAUUAUUAUUAUAAAACGUUAUGAUAUUACUUUCCCCCCAAAAGACUUUUGAAUCCCUGGUGCUGAAGCCACCUGUGUAUAUUCCCCGAGGCGUCGGUCCUUUACCUGCAGUCCGCCCCAUGUGUUACAAUCAGGGGAGGGGGCGUGUCCCGGGGGGCGUGUCCCAUGCUCACAGUGUGUUUGUUCCUUUCUUCUCAAUGGAGUGUCUAUACGGUCUGUUGUCACUGAUAACGUAUACAUAGCUUCUCGAAUCAUCUCUUCAUUGUACUUCAAAUUCAAAAUAAAGUUACCAUGUUGAUGAUAAA